UGUGUGUGUGUGUGUGUGUGUGUGUGUAGUGAAAACAAACAGAGAGAGAGCUUAAGCAAAUGCAUGGGGAAUAAAAAAACUGAGGCAGAAGAAAGAAGAAACAGAGGACAGUCAAAUUGUGACGGUUUUAGUGGCAAGACUUUUAAUUUAAUUUGUGGAGUCAGUUAAUGUGUGAGUCACAUCAUGUGAUUGAAACCCGGAAACGGAGAAGUGGUCAGCCAUCAGCCGCUUCCUUCAUCUCGACAGUCGAGCAGAUUGGAAGCUUUGAAGGCGUCAGUGAAGCGACUCACAGACGAUGAUAAGAACAAGCCGAGGGGAUCAUGAGGUCUCCACCAUCCAGGAGGACUGUCAGAAUGGGAUCUCUAUCGACCUCUUCCUGCAUGUUUCACUCAUACCUGCAGUGCUCAUCACUGGGGUGCUCUCGGUCCUGCAGAAAAGAGCACAGAGGCUGACCAUUGACAACACGUUGCCCUUCCUGAGGGGGCGAUUUGCCAUCGUGGUGCCUUUUGAUACAAUCGGCAGCCUCAGCAAUCGUUGGUCGUAUGGCUUUGCUUUUGGUGCCGUGUCGUCCAGCGUCCUGCUGCUCUUCUCUGAACGUUACAUCCCGUUCAUCGUCCCCAACUGGGCCAAAGCCAUAGUGAUUCUGAUUGGAGCUUUAGAGGUGGGCCUCGUCUAUUUCCCGUUCUUUGCUUGCCUGUCCACACCUUUCCGAACGCCCGGGGCGGUGCUGGGAAUACUCUACUCUCUGGCCUGGAUCACAAUCACAGUCUGGGAUACUUUCACCUGUCCCAGUGGUGAGAUUCUAGGAAAAUACCAGAAGAUCAUCUCCCAGUGGCCAUGCCUCCUCUCCCUCGUCUUCCUUCUGGGUCGAUUUAUCUACAUGUUGGUGAAAGACGUUCGGAUACAUCUGCAACUAGAACAAGAGGACCCUGAAGAGCUGAUAGGCCAGCACCAGGUGCAGCAUGUCAGGAGUCUGCUGAGGAAAGAACCUGCACAGAAUAAGCCCCUCAGCUGGUUCCAGAGACGAGUUUAUGAAUGGGACCCAAACUUCAAGUUCCCAAACAGGAUCAUCGGCACCGUCAUUAUAUCCCUCAUAGGCCUUUAUAUGAUGACCCUUGCAGACUACAGCCUCAGUAAUGUGGCUUUUGACCAGGUAGAAAGGUACAAGAACACACUGCAAUACCUGGUUACUUCCUGUAACCAGACUGAAGCUCUGGGAGCCAUGAUACCACAGCUGGAAGAAUUCAUCGACGUGGCGAGGAAGUCAUGGCUCGCUACCACCAUCUUUGCCAGUCUCAACUCUGUGGCCUACACCUUCCAUGUCUUGGCAUGUUACAGGAAACACCUGAAGAGACUGUGGAGAGGACAGAAGGGUUUUCUCCCAGAGAAGUUUCACAACCCCAGGUCUGCUGUCAGCGUAGCUUCUAUUGCAAGAUACUCCGGGUGGCAAAUUGCGUUUACACUCUGGGGCUACCUCAUCGUCCAUUUUGUGCACUUCUUGUUCGCGCUGCUGUUCGUCUAUGUGCUUGUUCUUCCAAUACAGCACGGACAAGUACUGAGCAUGCUCAGAAACUUAGGGAUCAUAUUUCUGACCAUAGCCCUGGUGAUCGGCCUGGUGAUUCUUCAGGUCGUUCUGGUUCAGAUCUUCUUCCUUCAGGACAAAAUGUCUCCGACUGAUAAAGAGAAACCUCUCGCUCUCAACAACAGGAAAGCCUUCCACUGCUUCAACUACUUCUUCUUCUUCUACAACGUGGUGAUGGGGAUCAGUAACUGCAUACUGAGGUUACUUUUCAGCAUAAUGGCGGGAACAUGGCUGGUGUCCCGCAUCGACCGCACUAUUAUGCAGAGAGGAUAUGAAACCAUGGAUGCUGGCUACAGCACUUGGAUCGGGAUGAUCUUUGCUGACCACUAUCAUAACAAUCCAGUCAUGGUGUGUUUCUGCCAACUGCUGGUCUCCAACACGCUGGAAAAACAUGCAGCGUCAGUGUACUCCACGUUCAACAACUCGUCACCUGAGCCCCCUGUGAACAGCCCGGCCAGGAGGCGUUGGAUGCUGUUUUAUACUUUGCUGAGGAACCCUCGUCUGAUCCUGCUCAGAAAGCACCACCUCGCCUCAUCUUCAUCACUUCAGAUAUCGUCCUCUCCUCUGUCAGAGACAGUCGUACAUGCUUGGGUCAUGGCCUCUCAAACACAGAUUCACCCGGCAGAAUCACGCUCACCAGUGGAGAUCACAAUCACGCCAGCUGAAGACUGCUGAAGAAACAUUUCCAUAUACUCUUAUACUGCUGAAAAAACGUGAGCUUUGUUAAAGUUUAUGUGGGGUGGCUCUCCA